AUGACGCGAUCGUCCGUACCGCCGUCGAUGGCGCAUAUGAAGCCGUGCGUCGUGACCCGACCGAGGCCAAGCGAAGCACCCAGCCAAGAAACGACGCUCCCCGCGGAAGACGAGGAGACCCAUUCACUGGUGCUUGAGACGGAAGAGGUCCAUUCGGACGACGGGCUCGACGCCGACCUCAACGACUAUGGCGACGACGGGCUCGACGAAGAGGAUUUUAAUUUUGAAUACGAAGCCGAGCCGCUCUUCCACGCCGACCAGCAUGAUGCACAGGCCUCGACGCAACAUGCAGUCAACGAGAGAAGCCGGCUGAAAGCUUUUGCAACGGACCUGUACCCAUGCGUGCGCGCGCUAUGCCGCUUCCAGAACCCCGUACUUUCUGACCGCCCAUGCGAUGUCGAUGGCUGCGGUGCCGGUGCCACAUCAAUCUGCAAGACAUGCCAUGACAUGCACACCGUCGCACACAUGUGCCAGCAUCACGCAGAUGUCCAUUUCAAGCAGGCCAUCGGCCACAAGAUGAUCUGCAGCACCGAGCAAGUCGCCAAGGACAUCAAAUGCUGCCCGGACGGUAUCGUAACCGAGGCGCGCAUUGUGCGGCUGCACACGUUUGACAUCGACGCCGACCGUGUUUUUCUCAAGACCUGCGCUGAUCACCGAGUUGGCCCCCUCCUCGUUGGAAUGGGAUUUAUGCCUGAUAACAUGGAUCAUCCAAGUACGCUUUUCCGUAUUAUCUAA